AUGUUGCCCCUUCAUUUGGUGCCAAACACCGGCUCAUGUGGGGAAGACUUUAACUGGAAUAUCUCUUUGGAAGUGGUUGGAGACAUGACAGAUUUAUGGUUGGUUUCUGUCCCUCUGGACAAGACCAGUUUAACCAAUAUGGACAAACUCAAGCGCAUCCUUGCCAAAAACCACCGGGCCUCAUGCUUCAGGUUCUGUAUUCCAGAUCUCAAGGUGGGAAUACUGGACAGCCUGUUCAGCGUGUCAGAUGAUCUCUCCAAGCUCGACACACUGACGGAAAGUGUGAUUAAGAAAACCCAUCAGUGUAUGAAGGAGGUGAUGGAGCACACUGCUGACAAAGUGCAGGAAAACACCCUAGCCAAUGGAGUGGACCUGAUGAGCUACAUGACAGGGUUUCAGUGGGACAAAGCCAAGUAUCCCACAGCUUUGCCUCUGUGCAGCCUGGCAGAAAUCAUCAACAAGGACGUGUCCCAGAUGGAGGAGGAGUUAAAAUCCCGUGCAGCGGCGUACAGUAUUGUUAAAAUGACCGUGGAGCACGGACUGAAGGAGAAUUUGCAAACUUGCCGUCUGAAUGACAUAGUAAAGAGGGAAGAUCUGGUGGUCUCAGAGUACCUCACCACUCUACUGGUCGUGGUGAGCAGAACGAGAUACCUGCAGUGGGAGAGGACCUAUGAGUCUUUUUCAGAGUUUGUGGUUCCACGGUCCAGCAGGAAGCUUCACCAGGACGGAGAAGGAGGCAUUUUUUCCGUCAUACUGUUCAAAAGAGCCGUGUGUGAAUUCAAAGUCAAAGCCCAGGAGAGCAACUUCAACGUGCGCGAGUACAGCUUUGAUCUGGAGGCGAAGAAGCAGCAGGAGACGAUGCAGCGUACUGUCCACAAGAAGGAACAAUACGGAAUCUUUGUUCACUGGCUGAAAGUGAAUUUGAGUGGGGUGUUUAUUGCAUGGAUUCACGUGAAAGCACUGAGGGUGUUUGUGGAAUCAGUCCUCAGGUAUGGAAUACCGGUGAGCUAUCAGGCUCUUGUGCUGCGCACAGACAGCAAGCGUUCAAAAAAGCUGAAAGAAGAACUCGCCGCACUGUUUAUACACCUGGAGCCCACUGCCCCCACCAGCAAGGCACAUCAGGCAAGCUGUGACAUGCCAGAACUCUGUCAGCAUGAAUACUUCUCCUACAUCUGCUACCAUAUCAACAUCAAUCUGCUGGAGAUCAGCUAGCAGUCCUCAAAGAGACAACACAAUGACCAAAGAAUGAGGGCUCUGUGAUGCAGUUGGAGCCAGCAGCAGAAAGACAUCAAACACAUCCAAUGAGCAUCCCUGAUAUCUUGGUGUCAUGAGCCAGAAACAACUAUGGAGCUUCCCUGCACACAAUCUGUGUCUGAUAAGCAGUGGAUGGAUUUGCGUCCUGUUCACCGCAUUAUCAAUUGAACCUGGGCGGCACUUUGCAAUCGUGGAACCGUUUAAACACUCGAGAACAUGGACAAAAGUUAAUGUCAGCGUAGCGGCUUUAAGCAUUCAAGACGAGCACAUCUUCAUACCCUAAAAGCUGUGUGAUUUACGUCUUCAGGCAUGGUUCAACAUUAUUCAACACAACAGACUUGUACAUAUAUUAGUAGUAGUCAGGAUGCUUUUAAAUGUAAUGCUCUAAGCACAACUGAGGUAUUUUACUUAAGUAAAAUUAACAAUAUUACAUGCAGAUGCAAAAUCCCAAAUUCCAAGUGACAGUACUAAAUUAAAUGAGACUCAGUUUGGGGUAAUAGAAUACAAUAAAACUAUUAACAAAAAUAACUUUUGACCUUGAAUGACUGCAGUCAUUUUUGUUAUUAGAUUAUAACU